GUUCUCUAUGGAGUCUCGACCUCCGCUCCCCGUUUGUUGUCCCCAAGUGUCGCCAUUUCUAUCCGUUUCUCUUUCUUGCAUCGACUCGAGAUUUGUUAAUCGAAGGAACGGAAUUGGUUGGGUGUUUGGUCGACGACGAGAUGCUUGAUGUGUGAUCAAGACAUGAUAUGAGUGGUUCCAUCGCUUCCUCUGGUUGUCCAGAGUAUUGCAUGUGGGCAUCGUCAGCUGUGGUAAGGAGGCAGCUUUUCUUGAUAAGGUCUUUGGGUGGAUACUGUUGUCGGAUACAUUCACAUAGAAUGCGAGGGAUACAAGGCGCUAAUGUCGAGGCAUCAGAGGCUGAUGCUGAGAGCAUUAUUCGGAGGGUAACACCAGCGCUAGACCCCAUUCGUUAUAAAGGCCAAGCAGGAAAGAUUGCAGUAAUUGGUGGAUGUCGUGAGUACACAGGGGCUCCAUAUUUUGCUGCUAUAUCAGCUCUAAAACUCGGGGCAGACUUAUCACAUGUUUUUUGUACAAAAGAUGCAGCAACAGUGAUAAAGAGCUAUAGCCCGGAGUUGAUUGUGCAUCCAGUUUUAGAAGAAUCUUACAGUGUAAGGGACGACGAGAGAGACUCUGUUUCUGCUAAGGUUCUUUCUGAAGUUGGAAAGUGGAUGGAAAGAUUUGACUGUAUUGUUGUUGGUCCGGGACUAGGAAGAGAUCAAUUUCUUAUGGGUUGCGUGAGUGACAUCAUGAGGCAUGCAAGGCAAUCAAGCAUUCCAAUAGUCAUUGAUGGGGAUGGUCUCUUUCUUGUCACUAACAACCUUGACUUAGUUCGUGGAAACCCAUUAGCUGUCCUAACACCAAAUAUCAAUGAGUAUAAACGCCUUGUCGAGAAGGCUUUGGAUUGUGAAGUUAAUGAUGAAGAUGGUACCAACCAAUUACAAUUGCUUGCCAGGCGGAUUGAUGGUGUUACUAUUCUUCGUAAAGGGAAGUCAGAUUUUAUUAGUGAUGGUGAAGCAGUCACAAGUGUGAGCACAUUUGGCUCACCUCGACGUUGUGGUGGUCAAGGUGACAUCCUUUCUGGCAGUGUUGCAGUAUUUUCAUCAUGGGCACGCCGGCAUUUAUUGUCUACAAAAGAAGCCACUGGAAAGAGUUUGUCAAAUCCAAUGGUCCUCGGGUGCAUUGCUGGUUCUGCACUGCUUAGAAGAGCUGCUGCUCUUGCGUUCCAAAACAAGAAACGAGCAACACUUACUACAGAUAUUAUUGAGUACUUGGGGAAGAGUUUGGAAGACAUAUGCCCUGCUGAAUAAUGCUGCAUCCUCAAGAUCCUGGAUAUCUUGGAAGAACUAAUCACUCCUCAUGGCAUAAUAUGUGAAGAUGUGCUUUCACUUCUUGUAUGGUACAUUUGAGUUCAAAUAUCUGCAGUAAUAAUUUUCAGUUCAGUAAGCAAACAUUGACGACGAUAUAAGUCUGUGUAUGCUGAUAAUGUGAAUGCUGUGCUACAAAAAUGUAAUCUUGUGCGGUACUUCAACACUUAUGUCAUUUAUCAUCAAAGAGGCAGAUGUACCAAAUAAUGACCAAACUCUUCUCCUUGCUUGAUACCGAAAAGUGAAAAACAAUGCGAUGGUGGUUUGGUAUCCGAUAAUAUUAUCAGCAUUGGUUAUG